AAAGCCGCCUACAAAAUUGUUUACAUCUGCCUGUGCCGACUGCUGGGAAAGUUCUUUCGUCCGUAAAAUACACAUUUUUUCAACCAUGAAAGACCAAGAGACGCCGCAGGAUAAGAAUUUGCUGAAAUGCCGCGAACAGCUGUACCGGAUGAUGAUAAGCCAACUGUUCUACGAUGGGUAUCAUUCAGUGGCGGUAGAGCUCACCAACCUGGUGCGUGCCGAUCCUCCCUGUCCACCGAGCGACCGGUUGAUGAACAUCUUCAAACAGGCCAACCAGAUCGAACAGUCGAAGGAAAGCAAUCUGUUCGAUGAUUUGCCCUGUGGGCUGGAUCUCGAGUUCGAAACGGAAGGCUCAACGCUAGCACCGGAACCGGCAGCGUACGAGACUGCGUACGUGACGUCGCACAAGCAAGCGUGCCGAGCGGGUUGUUUCAGUGGCGAUGGGCAGCUCGUGGCAACGGGCAGCAUGGAUGCAAGCAUAAAGAUUUUGGACGUCGAUCGGAUGCUUGCUAAAUCGGCACCGGAAGACAUGGAGCCGGGUCGUGAACAGCACGCCCAUCCGGUCAUACGCACACUGUACGAUCAUACGGACGAAGUGUCGUAUCUGGAAUUUCACCCAAAGGAUCAAAUUCUUGCUUCGGGGUCACGCGAUCACACCGUGAAGCUAUUUGACAUUUCGAAAGCAUCGGUAAAGAAGGCUCACAAGGUGCUGAGUGAUUGUGUGCCGGUGCGCUGCAUCGCGUUCCAUCCUACCGGUGACUAUAUGGCUGUCGGAACGGAGCACAACGUGCUGCGGAUGUACGAUGUACAUACGGCUCAAUGCUUUGUUAGCGCUAUUCCCGCGCAACAGCACAACAGUGCAAUCACGUGCGUACGGUACGCAGUGAACGCGAAGGUGUACGCAACGGGCAGUAUGGACGGAUCGAUCAAGCUGUGGGACGGUGUUAGCGGUCGCUGUAUCAACACGUUCGCACAGGCUCACGAUGGUGCGGAAAUUUGUUCGGUUGUUUUCACGAAAAAUGGCAAAUACUUGCUAUCGUCGGGGAUGGACUCGCUGGUGAAGCUUUGGGAGCUCAGCACAAGCCGGUGUCUGAUUGCGUACACCGGCGCAGGAACCACGGGCAAGCAGGAGCAUCAAACGCAGGCCAUUUUCAAUCAUACCGAGGACUACGUUCUGUUUCCGGACGAGGCAACCACAUCGUUGUGUGCGUGGAAUUCACGCAAUGCGUCCCGUUGUCAUCUGAUGUCGCUGGGACACAAUGGGGCGGUAAGACAUAUCGUCCAUUCGCCAACCCAUUCCGCUUUUCUAACCUGUUCGGACGAUUACCGUGCGCGUUUCUGGGUGAAGCGGACGACUGCUCAUUAAGUUCGAUUAUGUGUGGGAGCAUAAUGGAAUGAUAUUUUUUAAACUACUUUGAAUAUGAUUUAAUAAAUGGAACAGUUUUAUGCUUCAAA